UCUCAUCCUUCUCAACAAACUUGAUACUGAUCUUUGCAUUCUCAUAUCAUUGCUCAAAACUACUUUCUUCUAUUUUUUUGUUCAUUUCUAUCUCCAUAUGGCUCAAGCAGUGUCUUUAUCAACUACUUCUUCACCCCUGCUUUUGCAGAAAACAGGGUACCCUGUAAAAUCACACAACAAUGCUGGUGCACCAUUCAUGGCUUCCUUUCCAUCAAUGAGGCGAUUUCCAAGGCUAGGAAGCGUGAGAGCUCAGGCUAAUAAUGGUGGUGAUAACAAGGACAAUUCAGUGGAAGUUCAUGUUAACAAAGGUGACCAAGGAACCGCUGUGGAAAGAAAGCCUCGCAGAGCUGCCAUGGACAUUUCACCAUUUGGCCUCUUAGACCCUUGGUCACCCAUGAGGAGUAUGCGCCAGAUGCUGGACACAAUGGACCGAAUUUUCGAAGACGCCAUGGUAUUCCCUGGAAGAACCACAGGUGGAGGUGAGAUCCGUGCCCCUUGGGACAUCAAAGAUGAAGAACAUGAAAUCCGAAUGCGGUUCGACAUGCCGGGUCUUUCGAAGGAAGAUGUCAAGGUUUCAGUGGAGGAGGAUGUGCUUGUCAUCAAAGGUGGCCAUAAGAAUGAACAAAGUGGAGAUGGAGAUAACUCUUGGUCAAGCAAGAGUUACAGUUCCUAUGACACAAGUUUGAAGCUUCCCGGUAACUGUGAGAAGGACAAGGUUAAGGCUGAGUUGAAGAAUGGUGUGCUUUACAUCACCAUUCCUAAGACCAAGGUUCAACGCAAGGUUAUAGAUGUGGAAAUUCAGCGAGAUUCUAAGGCUUUUGUAUAGUUUCCUUUGGAACUCUCAUGUGUUUUUCCAUGUUUGUAGUUCUUUUAACAUAUAUAUGCCAUUAUAAGGGUUGAGAUGUUGUAAACUUGUAAUAAGUGUAGAAUAAAUAAAAUAAUCUGUUGCUACAUAA